GUUAUAAACUAGUAUAAUACAUACUUUAAUUUUUUAAUUUUUUAUUAAUUGUUCGUAAAUUCGUGACAUAUCACAUGGAAAGUGUACUUUGCUAAGAAUAAGCUGGCAAAAUGUCUUCAUUAUAUCAAACGCAUCGGACUUGAUAAAGAUAUAUUAAAUCCAAUUCAGGCUUAACAAGCCUUCUCCUCUGAUGGCAUCCUUCUUACAACAGCUAAGACUUCUUCUCUGGAAAAAUGGUCUGAGUGUCAUCCGGCAGCCAGCCUGGUCGCUGGCUCUCCUUGUCUGGCCACUUGUGAUCUUUAUUAUCUUGGCGAUCACCCGUUCACAGUUUCCUCCAAAACUCACAGACACAUGCUAUGUGGCACCUAGAAAUCUUCCGAGUGCCGGGUUCUUCCCUUUCCUGCAGACACUCAUGUGUAACACCGACAGUACAUGCACCAACAAAUCCUACCUAACAGAAGGACAGUCCAAAUCGCACUGGUACACGCGUCAUCGCCAACGGAGGGAUGCUGAAUCUCACAGUUUACCAACCCUGCUUCAUGGAUUCCCUCCACUGGCCCAUCUACAGAAGGGAGGACUGGUUCACUCAAUCCUGAAAAGGGAUGCAUCAAAUCAAGAGCUCCUAGAGCUAUGGGACAGGAUGCUCAAUUCCAGCUUUCAAAACAUGCCCAAUGUGACUUCAGUCAUGCACACUUUUAACAACACUGCACUUGUUGAUCAGACAAUGGAGUCAGUUUGGGAAUCUGUGAAUGUCUUGAAAAAAUCAAUUUGCAGCUUCUCCAUGACUGCCAUCAACACAUCAGCCAGUUCGCAGAAUCUCUUUACAAAAGGCUCAAUAAACUUCUGCAGCUCCAAUGACACUGUUCUGGAAGCAUCCUUACUCACCCUGAACCAGGUGCUGACAGAAAUGCUGCUCAGUAACCCGACAGAAGUAUUGGGAUCGAUUGGAGGCACUGUGGUGGUCCUAGACAUGCUUCAACAGGAGACGUCAGUGUGGGACUUCCUGCUUGGCCUGCCUGAUCUCUUCUUGAAGCCCAAAGAUGAAGAGAUAUUAAAUGUUGGAGCAGGGGAAUUGGAAAAUCUUAACAAUACCUUGACCUUUCUUCAGAGGACUUUUCCUCAGGCCAACAUCUCUACUGAUGUCACAAACCCAGUCAUCACUAAAGUCAUUGGCUUUCUCAACUACAUGAGUGGUUGGAAAGGGAGAGAUGUGUAUUUCAAAUUGAGUGAUGUCAUGACCCCAAGCAGCAUUGUUCUGUACAGCUCAGAAGUGAAGGACCUUAUCAACCAAAUAAAGAUUCCUCUCGAUCAGAUUCAAGUGCUGUUCAGCGAGGCAAACUUUCGUACCUUUUUAUGCAACCAAAACAUCAACGCCUCCUAUUGUUGGAGUUGGGAAGCGAGCCAGAUAUUUGAAGGGGUAAAUACGUGGAAAGUUGCUGAACAGGUACUGUUGGCUUGGAGUCAGACCUCUGCCUCAGCUGACCUGGCCUUCACUAAAGAGGUGUUCGGCAGCUUCCUGGGCCUAGUGUCUCCAUCGAGCCUGGAUGCUGUUCUCAAACAUAGCAGGUCCCAGCGCAGCAGUGAUGCUCAGCCACAGAGCCUGGCGGAACAAUUGAUCUUUGGAUUAAGCAAUUCAGCAUUUGAUUUUCUACAAGGCAUGCCUGGCUGGGAAUACAUUCAGACUUUUAUGAUGGCUGGCCAUUCAUCAAUGCAGGUGGCAAGAGUUGCAAUUGAAGUCCAGCUACCAUUCAUUGAUGUGGUCCUGAAGGAUGCCAAGUAUGUCCAGGAGGCAUUCCUUUCUCUAAUGCAGAAUGAGACCUUUGCUAAUGCCUGGGCUGACCAUGCCAUGGACUCUACUGUGCAAACCGUGGCCAAGGUUCUAGAGGGUCACACUAGCUGCAAAGACCUUUUUGCUCCCUGGGCUUGGAUGUCAACCUACAGCUCUAUAAACUUUCAGUUGUGGGGCACUCUAGUUUGCGCUGGGAACGACACACGUCUUGAGGAAAUGCUGUUAACAUCACUUUUGCCAGUAAACAAGAAGGUUCAACAGUUGGUUGGUGUAGUGAAUGGAACUGUAAUGUAUAAUGUCACACCCUCAAUACUAAUGGCAGAGUGGCACAGUCUAUACACAAUCUCCCUUCAGUAUGUCACUGCCCUCCAGAAAUUGCAAACUGAGCUUAAUGAGGACUAUUUUGCAGCUUGGAUCCCAGGGAACAUUUCAAUUGGAUUAUCCCAGAUUCUGUUGACCAGCGUUACUGGCAUAUUUGAGAACAUGGGUUCUCCACUAGAGAACAGCUCUCUGUGGCCCUCCAUAGAACCAUAUUUCCAUAUGGCUUAUUGGAUUUUGACCUACCAACCUAAUGCCACUGCAUCACCAAACUGCACUCUUACCCCCACUGCCUUCACCUGUCAGACAGGCUUUACCUGGGAAACAGCUGUUCCUUUGAUUCAUUCUUUGAUCUCUAAAGUGUCAAGAGAACCUGCCAGCCUGUUAAGACCUCUCCAGGGGACAGUGGCUCUCCUCCAAAACAGUUACUUGGCACUUUUGCAGCAAGUCAUUGCCAAUGGCCUUCCUGGUCAGCUACUUGGUAGUGAAAUUUCACUAAAAGACUUGUUGCUGGACCUCAUUAAUACAGUCGAUAAAGAAAUUCAGCUCCUCUCAAACAUUGAUUUCACACAACAGUUUGACACUCAGCUCUUAAACGACAUUAUGGCAGCUCUUGGACUGGGACAGAUAGAGAACCUGUUGUCAGGAGGUUCCCAGACCACCAGCAUGCACCCAGUCAUUAUGGGCAUCCUUCAGGUCUUGAACAAUGGGUCCAUCCAGAUUCUAAACAAAGAGGAGGGUUUUGCAGUUCUUCAAGCAAUUUUGAGCCAACUUGGAGCCAUCUUACCUCCAGAGCAGCAGUAUCAGUUAGAAGCAGGGCUAAAUAAGACUCAUGAUCUCAUUCGAGAUCUAGAGAUCUGUUCAGCUCUUGGCCAGGACUGUGUAGCUGAUAUCCAGAAUGUCUUUGAUAAUCUUGGUGCAAUGCUUACAUUUGGAAAUAAUAUCACCAUGCCAACAACACAUCUUUGGGGUAACAUGACUCUCCCUGUUGCGCUUGAUGUUCUCGCUCUGCUCCUGCCUUGGAACAUGUCCCUGCCAGCAGAAGCCUCAAUGGAAAUUUCCAGGAAGAUUCAAUAUCUUCUUGAGCAUGCUUAUGCAUCUCCUAUUUUCAACAUCAGUCAAAGUCUACAAGCCUCCAAUCUCACCAUUUCUGAAUUAGAACAAGUCAAUUCUGUCUUUCAUUCUAAUUGGUCAGUAUCCAUUCUGGAAACUCUGAAUAUGGCCAUUCAAAUCCCACAGUGUGUGAACACUCAAACCGCACAGUCUCCCCAGAAGCCUCCUGUUACUCGACAGGCCGAAUGUGUCCUUCAGCUCAUCCAGACUGCUUCUGGUUUACUUGAAGUAAUACCUGUGGCAAAUAAUGCUCAAAUAACUCUUAAAAACUGGCUUAAUAUCACUGCGGUAGAAUAUCAGAAACUAAAUAACAUGUCCACCUCUGGAUCUGGCCCACUUGCAUUGACAGAAGAGGUGCUGAUAACAACACUGUCAGCCAUCAGACAAAACCUGCAGGGUCUUGAUGUGGAGAACAUCACUGAUAUUACAAAUGAGCUCAACAUCCUGGAAGACCUCUUGAAAAAUGUGUUCAGAGAACAAUACACAUACCACACCAUUAAUUCGACAUUGAUGGAGCAGGGGCAGUAUGCACAGAAGGUGUAUGGAGAAAUCACACUGUGGUAUUUAAACAAGCUUGGAAAUUACACCAGUGGCAGUAUGUUUGCAGAGAUUCUCCAUCAACUGAAACAGAUGACUGAAAUGCAGGUGGCACUUAUCAAUGCAAAAGCAGAUAUGGUGACGCUAACAAUGAAUCAGAUCCAGAACUUGAACCAUGUGAGGCUUCCUCUGGAAGGUGAAGAUCUUGUACAGGUUGGCAGUACAAUCAUGACCUUGCUGCAGGGUGAGAUGGCAUUGAUUAAAGGAAAUCUUGAGAUCCAGCAGACAUACUACAAUUCUCUAGGCUCCCAAAUGAACAUUAGUAUUCCUGCUGAAAUUGAAGGUCAGAUCAUGACCUACCUCACCUUGACAAGGGAGUGGAUCACAAACCCACAAGUGAUGACGGCACUUGCUAGAAUUUUCCAGUGGGAAAUUAGCUCUGUAGAUAUCACAACAGCAGGAAAGGAUCUUGAGCUGCUCCUCCAAGCCAUGGCUCCUCUACUCUCCCCUGAGGACAGAGCUUUCAUUGCUGUUGCUGAACAGGUUUCUCAGGCAGUAAACUACACUCUACUGUUGGCUAGCACUGAUGGUGGUCUCCAAAGUGAAAACUUUACAGAAGCUGUCAUUAGCACAGUCAGAGUGGUUCUGGAGAGUAUUUCUAAUGAAACCGGAGCUCUACCUCAGGAUGUGGUUAACAAUAUUCUUGGUGCUUUUAAAAGUUCCCUUCAGCUGAUCCUAAACUCCAAUAUGAGCUAUGCCCAAGCUAUCACCCUCACACAGGGGACUAUUCAGAUGGUAGAUGCAGUGAUUCAUACUCUUUUACCAGCGGAGGCAGUUGUGGUGCUGGUCCCCAUUAAAAACAGCAUUUUAUCCUAUCUGAAUAACAUCUCCCAGCCUGCUGGAUUUGAUCAGUGGAAUGAACUCAUUAUGAAUGUGUUAACAGAGCUUCAGAAUUCCCUUCCAUCUAACAACACAGCUCAGCCCAUCAUAUCAACGAUAAUCAAGGUCACAGAAAACCUUCUGAGCUCAAAUGAAGGCAACUUGACGAAGGACUGGAUCAUUAACCAACAUCUGACAAUUGCACUUGACAAAAUCUUCCAGGGGAAUGUUAGCUCUGUAGAUCUUGCAGGAGCUGGGGUGAAUCUUGACCAACUUUUGCAAGCUAUGGCUCCUCUACUCUCACCUGAGGACAGAGCCUUCCUGGAUGUUGCUGAGCAGGUGUCUCAGGCACUAACUUAUGCAUCACAUGUGGCUAGCACUGAUGGUGGUCUCCAAAGUGAAAACUUUACAGAAGCUGUCAUUAGCACAGUCAGAGUGGUUCUGGAGAGUAUUUCUAAUGAAACCGGAGCUUUACCUCAGGAUGUGGUUAACAAUAUUCUUGGUGCUUUCAAUGGUUCCCUUCAGCUUAUCCUAAACUCCAAUAUGAGCUAUGCCCAAGCUAUCACCCUCACACAGGAGACUGUCCAGAUGGUAGAUUCAAUGAUUCAUUUUCUUUUACCAGCGGAGGUAGCUGAGGUGCUGUUUCCCAUUAAAUACAAUAUGUUAUCCUAUCUGAAUAACAUCUCCCAGCCUGCUGGAUUUGAUCAAUGGAAUGAACUCAUUAUGAAUGUGUUAACAGAGCUUCAGAAUUCUCUGCCAUCUAACAACACGGCUCAGCCCAUCAUAUCAACGAUAAUCAAGGUCACAGAAAACCUUCUGAGCUCAAAUGAGGGCAACUUGACCAGGAACUGGAUCAUUAACCAACAUCUGACAAUUGCACUUGACAAAAUCUUCCAGGGGAAUGUUAGCUCUGUAGAUCUUGCAGGAGCUGGGGUGAAUCUUGAACAACUUUUGCAAGCCAUGGCUCCUCUACUCUCCCCUGAGGACAGAGCCUUCCUCGAUGUUGCUGAGCAGGUGUCUCAGGCACUAACCUAUGCCUUACAAGUGGCUAGCACUGAUGGUGGUCUUCAAAGUGAAAACUUUACAGAAGCUUUAAUUAACACAUUCAGAGUGGUUCUGGAGAGUAUUUCUAAUGAAACCGGAGCUCUACCUCAGGAUGUGGUUAACAAUAUUCUUGACGCUUUCAAUGGUUCCCUUCAGCUGAUCUUACACCCCAAAAUUAGCUAUGCACAAGCUAGGACCCUCACACAGGGGACUAUCCAGAUGGUAGAUGCAGUGAUUCAUACUCUUUUACCAGCGGAGGUAGCUGAGGUGCUGGUUCCCAUUAAAAACAGCAUUUUAUCCUAUCUCAAUAACAUCUCCCAGCCUGCUGGAUUUGAUCAGUGGAAUGAACUCAUUAUGAAUGUGUUAACAGAGCUUCAGAAUUCCCUUCCAUCAAACAACACAGCUCAGCCCAUCAUAUCAACGAUACUCAAGGUCACAGAAAACCUUCUGAGCUCAAAUGAAAGCAACUUGACGAAGGACUGGAUCAUUAACCAACAUCUGACAAUUGCACUUGACAGAAUCUUCCAGGGGAAUGUUAGCUCUGUAGAUCUUGCAGGAGCUGGGGUGAAUCUUGAACAACUUUUGCAAGCCAUGGCUCCUCUACUCUCCCCUGAGGACAGAGCCUUCCUGGAUGUUGCUGAGCAGGUGUCUCAGGCACUAACUUAUGCAUCUCAUGUGGCUAGCACUGAUGGUGGUCUCCAAAGUGAAAACUUUACAGAAGCUGUCAUUAGCACAGUCAGAGUGGUUCUGGAGAGUAUUUCUAAUGAAACCGGAGCUCUACCUCAGGAUGUGGUUAACAAUAUUCUUGGUGCUUUUAAUGGUUCCCUUCAGCUGAUCCUAAACUCCAAUAUAAGCUAUGCCCAAGCUAGCACUCUCACACAGGGGACUAUUCAGAUGGUAGAGACAGUGAUUCAUACUCUUUUACCAGCGGAGGCAGUUGUGGUGCUGGUUCCCAUUAAAAACAGCAUUUUAUCCUAUCUGAAUAACAUCUCCCAGCCUGCUGGAUUUGAUCAAUGGAAUGAACUCAUUAUGAAUGUGUUAACAGAGCUUCAGAAUUCUCUGCCAUCUAACAACACAGCUCAGCCCAUCAUAUCAACGAUAAUCAAGGUCACAGAAAACCUUCUGAGCUCAAAUGAAAGCAACUUGACGAAGGACUGGAUCAUUAACCAACAUCUGACAAUUGCACUUGACAGAAUCUUCCAGGGGAAUGUUAGCUCUGUAGAUCUUGCAGGAGCUGGGGUGAAUCUUGACCAACUUUUGCAAGCCAUGGCUCCUCUACUCUCACCUGAGGACAGAGCCUUCCUGGAUGUUGCUGAGCAGGUGUCUCAGGCACUAACUUAUGCAUCUCAUGUGGCUAGCACUGAUGGUGGUCUCCAAAGUGAAAACUUUACAGAAGCUGUCAUUAGCACAGUCAGAGUGGUUCUGGAGAGUAUUUCUAAUGAAACCGGAGCUCUACCUCAGGAUGUGGUUAACAAUAUUCUUGGUGCUUUCAAUGGUUCCCUUCAGCUGAUCCUAAAUUCCAAUAUGAGCUAUGCACAAGCUAGCACUCUCACACAGGGGACUAUCCAGAUGGUAGAUGCAGUGAUACAUACUCUUUUACCAGCCGAGGCAGUUGUGGUGCUGGUUCCCAUUAAAAACAGCAUUUUAUCCUAUCUGAAUAACAUCUCCCAGCCUGCUGGAUUUGAUCAGUGGAAUGAACUCAUUAUGAAUGUGUUAACAGAGCUUCAGAAUUCCCUUCCAUCUAACAACACAGCUCAGCCCAUCAUAUCAACAAUAAUCAAGGUCACAGAAAACCUUCUGAGCUCAAAUGAAGGCAACUUGAUGAAGGACUGGAUCAUUAACCAACAUCUGACAAUAGCACUUGACAAAAUCUUCCAGGGGAAUGUUAGCUCUGUAGAUCUUGCAGGAGCUGGGGUGAAUCUUGAACAACUUUUGCAAGCUAUGGUUCCUCUACUCUCCCCUGAGGACAGAGCCUUCCUGGAUGUUGCUGAGCAGGUGUCUCAGGCACUAACCUAUGCCUUACAAGUGGCUAGCACUGAUGGUGGUCUCCAAAGUGAAAACUUUACAGAAGCUGUCAUUAGCACAGUCAGAGUGGUUCUGGAGAGUAUUUCUAAUGAAACCGGAGCUCUACCUCAGGAUGUGGUUAACAAUAUUCUUGGUGCUUUUAAUGGUUCCCUUCAGCUGAUCCUAAACUCCAAUAUGAGCUAUGCCCAAGCUAGUACUCUAACACAGGAGACUAUCCAGAUGGUAGAGGCAGCAAUUCAUACUCUUUUACCAGCGGAGGCAGUUGUGGUGCUGGUUCCCAUUAAAAACAGCAUUUUAUCCUAUCUGAAUAACAUCUCCCAGCCUGCUGGAUUUGAUCAAUGGAAUGAACUCAUUAUGAAUGUGUUGACAGAGCUUCAGAAUUCCUUUCCAUCAAACAACACAGCUCAGCCCAUCAUAUCAACGAUAAUCAAGGUCACAGAAAACCUUCUGAGCUCAAAUGAGGGCAACUUGACCAGGAACUGGAUCAUUAACCAACAUCUGACAAUUGCACUUGACAAAAUCUUCCAGGGGAAUGUUAGCUCUGUAGAUCUUGCAGGAGCUGGGGUGAAUCUUGACCAACUUUUGCAAGCCAUGGCUCCUCUACUCUCACCUGAGGACAGAGCCUUCCUGGAUGUUGCUGAGCAGGUGUCUCAGGCACUAACUUAUGCAUCUCAUGUGGCUAGCACUGAUGGUGGUCUCCAAAGUGAAAACUUUACAGAAGCUGUCAUUAGCACAGUCAGAGUGGUUCUGGAGAGUAUUUCUAAUGAAACUGGAGCUCUACCUCGGGAUGUGAUUAACAAUAUUCUUGGUGCUUUUAAUGGUUCACUUCAGCUGAUACUUAACCCCAAUAUAUAUUACAUGCAAGCUAACCACCUCACACAGGAGACUGUCCAGAUGCUAGGGGGAGCUAUUCAUGGCCUUUUGCCAGCAGAGGUGGCUGAGGUGUUGGUUCCCAUGAAAAACAGCAUUUUAGCAUAUUUGCAGACCAUCUCCCAAUCUUCUGGACCUAACAAAUUGAAUGAAGUCAUUGUGAAUAUGAUGAGAAAGCUUCAGAAUUCACUGCCAUCAAACAACACAGCUCAGCCCAUCAUAUCUGUGAUUCUUAAGGUCACUGAAUAUCUUCUAAACUCAAAUGAAGAAUAUACAAACAUGUGGCACAACCUAGGAAACUUCAGUCUUGGCAGCCUAAAUGAAAUAACAGAACAGCUUGCAGUCUUUCUGGGCUCUAUGUCACCAUUCAUGAAUGAGUCCGCCCAGACUGUUACAGAAUCUGUAGGCGUUCUGGUCCAGAUCCUUUCAGGGAGUGCUGACCAGCUGACCUUUGACAAGUUGGAGGACAUGUUGGCUGCUCUGUUCUCAACCUUCAAAGGUACUCCUAUGUGGGAUUCAUUGCCGUCUGUCAUUUCCACAAUUCACCAAGCCAUUGUCAACAGUUCUCACAACAUGCAGACCCAAACAGAGCUCCUCUAUGUCCUCCAGGAGCCAAUGUCCAACCUCUUGUCUGCCAUUUUUCAUGUUAUGAACACAAGCAAUUUCACUUCUCAGUCCUUUGUUGGUGGAUUGCCACAGGCCCUUGUGUCAACUGCAGAAGCUGCUCUGCAGGCUGGUUUGGGGGGUCAGAGCCUGAACUGCAGCUACAUGCAGCAAAUAUGGCAGGAUGUCAGAGCUGGCGCUGGAAGUGAAGACACUGUUGCUUUGUGGUGUAACAUCAGCCUACUGCCAGUCAUAGCAGCCCUUGAUAAACCAGCUCCAGACUUUAAUAUGACGGAAAUGGCAAUGAACCCUCUAUGGAUAAACGCCACUGCAGGAAUGAUGGCAGAGUCACUGGAGACUUUCUAUGAAGUGAUCCUGAACAGUACCUUUGCUAGCAAUCACCUUACAGAAGUCCUGUUGCAGUACACAUCAAUGCUAUCCAACCUCUCAGUGCUAGAAAUAACAAACCAGACUGACUGGAAUGUCCAGCUCUUCCAGAUGCAGCUCUACCAAAGCCUCUCCUCAAUACAAAUGGCUCUGGAUCAAAUUAAGAGAGAAGCUCCCUUGAUGACGCCAUACAUCGAGGCAGCUGGAAAAACUAUAGAGGUCAUCCUCCAGAAUUUCUAUCUGCUCCAGAACUCAACUGCAAGCCCUCAGAUCAUCAUGCAGGCUCUGGAGAUCACGCUCACUGGAAUGAAUUUUACAAAGGAAACCAUUAAUUAUAUCCUGAGUGGAGACAUAUUUAUGAACCCAAAUGGAAGCACAGUUGACAGCUUAAUAAAAGAGGUCAUCCAGCAAAUCAUUGGUACGGGAUUACUGGGAGACUGGCCUACCCUUUAUGGAGUAAUGCAGCAAAUUCUGUAUUUGGAAGAUACAAGUGGCACCUUAUGGAAAACUGUUGAAUUUUUCAACUGGCUGUACAAUACUCAAGAAACUGGGCUUAGUUUUGUCUUGGAGAUCCUGCGCAAGUUAUACGAGAUAGUAAGAGAUGCCCUAACCAAGAUGCCACUGCCGUGCUUCUCAGAAACCUUUAUUGACCUUUUUGGGAAUGUUUUGUACAUGCUGAAACAGAUCAAACUAACCAGUGACCUCUUCGACCCUGUGGAACAAUAUCUAAGCCCACUUAAAAUGGAAAUUGCUCGGGGACAGAACCUGCAAGGUCUUGUGUCCAACACAAGAAAUGCCAGAAGAAUUGCUAGGGAAGUACAGAGAGAGCCAGUGGAUGACUUCCUUGAUCUUCUCGACAUUGACUACCAAGCCUUGCUUAAAGUUCUUUCCAUUCCACCCACCUCGACUGAAAUUAUGGAGACUAUCCAUGUUUUCUUUGCAAAUCCAGAUUUGGGUGUCAUCCUGAAGGGUUAUCUGAAAGAAAUGACUGGAGGCACAAGUCAGGAGGAAACCAUUGACACAGCUCUGAAUGUGCUGUCAUACUUGACACUCCCUAGCAAUGGGCAGCAGUUUUUGGAGAUGUUCAUGGACAUCGGUAGUGAAGGAUGGAGAGUGCAGGACCUUGAUAAAGUAGAGAAACUUGCAGAGAGCCUAGGAAGAACAAUUGACAUGGCCAUGGUGCUAUCCGACCAGCCGCCUCUGAACAUUCCUCAAAGAAUCGAGCACAUGGCCCAACAACUUCAAGCUUCGGUGUCAAAUAUCAUCUCACAGGAUGGAAAUAGCACCAACACUGCGAUCCAAUUCCUUACAGCGCUCAACAGCAUCCUUACCGAGAACUUUGAAGAAAGCAAGGACAUCAGCCCUCAGGUCACUGGCAUUCUUCAAAACAUAAUUGGCUCGUUUUCCAGUCCAGGGUCGCAGAUGAGCAUAGAAUCCUAUUUGGCAGCCGUUGAUCAAACUGCAGAAGCCUUCACCCCACUUCUCUCUGGAGAGGUAGCUGUUUAUUUCAACAUAUCUGGACAAAUGAUGCAAGCCUUUGCAUUGCUCGAGGCAUAUCCCGGAGACAUAGAAAAAGUCAUGAUGUCCACCAGCAAGAUUUCUAACUCCCUAAACCGUGUUCUUGCCCUCUUAAAUAUUACAACUCUUCAAAAUGGACAAUAUGUUCAAGAGGUCACCCAUCCCCUCAUCCUUAGCAGUGCUAUGGCCACCCACAUCCUAUUCAACCUCUCCAUGUCAAACUAUAGCCUGAGCAGCAAUGCUGAGAGGGAGAUGCUUUUGACCCAAACCUUCAAUCAGAUGGUUGUUGUUCUCCCCACGGAAACACACAUGUACCUCUUUUCUAUCCAAUCGGCUCUAUUCACUGCCCUCUCGAAAGUAUCCAGCACUGCAGAAAUCACAUCCCAAUUCCCUGAAAUCUCCCAGCUGGUUACACAGUCUCUUCUUAACUCGCUAAACAUUACUCAUGAUCCGACAUCCACGCAUAUGACUCCAGAUGGCCUUGUUUACAUUUUGAUGACCGUGUCCAAUCAAGUGUCUAUGAGUCUCUACAAGGGCCUUAUGUUAUCCGGUUCCCCUGUCCAAAUCUCACAAGCAGUGAACUCUUUAAGUGAGGUUGGAUCUUCCAUAUACUCGAUAAUGCCUGUCGAGGGACAGCCAUACAUCAAUAUCACACUCAACCUAAUGGAGACAAUAUCUUCUGUUCUUAAUGACACAAGCACCUUUGGGGAUGUCAGUGGGGCUGUAUCACAAGUAGUAAGUUCUGUCAACAGCCUUCUGGCCAUGGUGCACCACGUGAACACAAACUCCUCCAGCAGCAUUAUAAGUGACCUAGAGCGGACCCUUAAAACAAUCCUAAUGAUCAUCCAAACAGACCAAAGCCCUCUCACCCAAACAGCUGAUAUUACCCAGCAGCUACUGCACACCAUCCAAAAUUUCAUCUCACUGGGCAAUAGCAGCAGUCUUGAGUCUGAACUCCCCAAAAUGGUGCUGGGGGCUUCUAGCAUGAAUAUCGGCCAUCUGCUGAGGAUCAAUGACACUAACUGGACUGACAAGCUGCCUCUGCUGUUGACAAACCUCGCUAAUAGCCUUCCAGAAGACCUGCAGUAUUCUCCUCUUAUUAAGUCCAUCAUGAGAAGUCUGGCCAACGAAUCCCAAGAAAAUCUGCAUCUUCUACAGCAAGUGCUAAACACCACCUUUGAAUUAGGCUCAGCCAACUCAGUGAAUGAAAGUUCGGACAAAAUACUAGACCACUUGUUAACUAAGGUGUGUGCUCUGGAAAACAUGGCCACUGUGCAGCUGAUCACCAGUUUUCUUCCUCUGGGCCCCAGACUGCUAUGCGACACUGUUGUUCCCACAAUCCAGGCUUUCCAUGUGCUCACAACCAACCUGGUGAACCAAAGCACCGACAUCUAUGAUCUGAUUUUCCAGACUUUUGUUGGAGACCCUAGCACUUACAACACUGAAGUGGACUGGACAUCCAUUCUCUCUGAAAUUGUGGGCUUCAACGUCUCAACUCUGAAAACUCUGAAUAUCAAUAUAACAUCUCCGGCUGAAGUGAAAGUUUUUGAGCUGCUGAAAAAUGUCACACUGUUUGUUGAGGAUGUCGAGCGGUAUACCAGCUUUCCCCCUCGCAUUCUUCAGGCCCUAUUAGAUUACCCUCUACCCAGAAACAACAUACAGAUCUUUGCAUGGUUGGCAAACCUGCGCCAGUGCUCAGACCCCUCGUCUUUGCAACUGGACCCUACAGGGCAGGAGAUCUUCAGCACCUUCUGUAAUCUGACACAUGAAUGGUACAGCAUCACGGUUAUCUUUCUUCGUCAUGUGGACACGAAGGCGGCUUUAUUCAGGCUGGUGUUGUCCAAAGAAAUUCAGGAUUUGGUGGGAAUCAUGCUAGAGCUGGUGAAGUUUUUGACGGACAUAAUGCACAAACUGGUACCUGCCAUUAAUAAACUCCAGGAAUACCUGACAAACAUAGGAGAACUAAACCUGGUGGCCAACCAAGAGUUCCACAGUCUGGUGAGGGGAAAGCGGUCCACCAUGUCCAGCAGGGCCACCUUUAGUACCAUCGCUCGUGCCUUGUGCAAAAACGGCAUCCUUACUCUGUUUGCCAUCGCAAAAGUCCCUAUAGUUACCGAGACUGAUCCUUCCGUCCAGACGGACCACAAGAGAGAAGAGCUGAUUGAGAAGUUCAAAAUCCCUCAAGAUGCUAGUCCCUUCUGUAUGAACCUCUACUUGGAUAUGGUGAACACUACGGGCGGCGCGGUGGCCUGGGCAUUCCUCAAACCCAUGCUGUUGGGACAGGUCCUGUACUCACCAGACACACCAGUGACGAGAGAGAUCAUGACAAAGUCAAAUUCUACACUGCACCAGUUUGGUGAUCUAAAGCUUUAUGCGUCCGAGUGGAUAGAGUCAUCCUCAUAUGUGAUGCAGUCUGCUGACAUCCUGACAAAAACCUUGCCGAUACUUCAGAAUUCUCUGCGCAAUCCCUUUGUCCAAAACUUCAUUCAGACUCAGACCGGCAUUGAUGUUGCACAAAUGAGCUCAACUCUCAGCCAGUUCUCAAACAUGACAGUCCUCUUAGAGAAAAACAAGUUUAUCAUGGAGCAGAUCACCACCCUCUCCAUGCUGAUGUUGAACCUUUCCUCAUGUGUCAACUUCGACCGCUACCGAGCUUUCAACUCCACAGAUGAACUCGACAGGCAGGCAGAGAGACUGGCUCAAAACCGCGAGCUCUACGCCAGCAUUAUUUUCAAACUUCCUGAGGAGACCUCCAGCAGCCUGCCCCCCAACAUCGACUACACCAUUCGAAUGAACAUUGAGAAUGUGAUGCGCACCGACCGUGCAAGGAAUCCCUUCUGGGUGAAAGAUUCCUUCAUUUCGUCAACGAAGAACCAGCGGUACAACCGAGGCUUUGUGUACCUGCAGGAGAGCAUCGAGAGAGCCAUCAUCGAAAUGCAGACGGGUAAAGCUAUGGAUGGGCCCGCGGUCCAGAUGCAGGCGUUCCCUUAUCCCUGCUUCUACAAGGAUGAGUAUCUCAACAGCCUCUCUUUUGCCUUCCCAAUGGCACUCAUGACCUGCUGGGUGCUGUUUGUUGCCCACUUUGUGAAGAAACUCGUCCACGAGAGAGAACUGCGACUGCAUGAGUACAUGAAAAUGAUGGGGGUCAAUCCCAUCAGCCACUUCUUUGCCUGGUUAAUUGAAAGUGCUGUGUUCUUGCUGGUGACCGUCAUCAUCCUCACCAUCAUUUUGAAGGCUGGCGGCAUCCUUCCUCACAGCGAUGGCUUCGUUCUCUUCCUCUACCUUAGUGACUAUGGCUUCAGCGUCCUUGCAAUCAGCUUCCUGGUCAGCUCCUUCUUCGAUAAGACCAACAUCGCCGGGCUGAGCGGCAGCCUUAUCUAUGUCAUUUGUUUCUUCCCCUUCAUCGUGCUGAUCCACUUGGAGGACAAUCUUUCCUUCAGUCUGAAGAGCGCUCUGAGCCUCUUUUCUCCGACAUGCUUCAGUUAUGCCAGCCAGUAUAUCUCCCGCUAUGAAAAACAGGAAGAAGGCAUCCAGUGGAGCAACAUGUAUAUCUCUCCUCUGGCUGGUGACACUUCCUCCUUCGGUUGGCUCUGCUGGCUGCUCCUCAUUGACUCAGUAGUAUAUUUUAUCAUUGGGAUUUACAUCCGCAUGGUCUUCCCAGGAAAGUAUGGCAUUGGUCUUCCGUGGUACUUCCCAGUGACUCGGUCCUUCUGGAAAGAUAUGUUCAGCUGCUGUAGCAGAACACCACAGAAAAUAGGCAGAGGCUUGCUCUUUACCAACAUGAUGCAAGAGCAAAACAGCACUAACAAGGGCAAAGGUAAAAGUAGCUUGGCGGAGAAUGGAGAAGACGAUUUCUCAGGAUUGCCUGUUGGAGUCUCACUGUAUGGCCUGACAAAGACCUACGACAACCGGCAUGCUGUAGACAACCUGAACCUCUCUUUCUAUGAGGGACAUGUCACCUCUCUGCUGGGUCACAAUGGAGCUGGAAAAACCACCACUAUGUCACUUCUGACUGGGUUGUUUGCACCAACCAGUGGCACCAUCGAGGUGUAUGGGAUGGAUAUGCAGACAUCCAUAGAUGAUGUGCGUAAGGAGAUGGGCGUUUGCAUGCAGUAUGAUGUCCUGUUCGAUCACCUUACCACAAAGGAACAUCUGCUGCUAUAUGCUCAGAUCAAAGCUCCCCACUUGACCAAACAGGAAGUGAAUGAACAAGUGCGAAGAAUCCUAAUGGAGACAGACAUGCAUUCCCACCGGCACAAGCGUGUCGGCACCCUGUCAGGAGGUAUGAAGAGGAAGCUAUCCAUCUCCAUUGCCUUCAUUGGAGGUUCGCGGCUGGUGGUGCUAGAUGAGCCGACCACCGGGGUGGAUCCCUGUUCCCGACGCAGCAUCUGGGACAUUGUCCUUCAGCACAAGCAAGAGCGUACCAUCAUUCUUUCCACCCAUCACCUGGAUGAGGCUGAAGUUCUCAGUGACCGCAUCGCCUUCCUGGAGCGCGGAGGCCUCAAGUGCUGUGGUUCACCCUUCUACCUCAAAGACAAGCUGGCUAAGGGCUACAACCUCACCCUCACAAAGAAGGUUCAGACUCCUGAUUCAAACGAAAAGUUGAACAUUGAAGAACUCAGGGCUUUCAUUCAAUCCUACCUGCCUGACGCUCAGCAGAAGGAGGGAGAGGUGGGUGAUUUGGUCUUCGCCCUCCCACCGUACACCCCCCAGAACGCAGCUGCAUACCACUCUCUGCUCACCGGUCUGGAUCAGAACCUGGACAAGCUUCAGCUCGGCUGCUAUGGCAUUUCUGACACCACUCUGGAAGAGGUGUUCUUGCAGUUGACUCGAGACAACAUGGAGCCUACAGAAAGUGAAACCUGGUCUGUAUCGGAGUCUGUGAUUGCGAAUGACAUGUUUGCGUCAAGAGACAGCAUUCCUGAUGAUCUCAACAACACAUACCUCGGAGACAAAGCCAGCCUCACUGGGACCUCAAACGUGCGUGGGCUUGCUUUGACUGCACAGCGGGUUAAGGCUAUGUUGCUGAAACGCGUGCACCACUCCAGGAGGGACUGGAAGGGUCUGUUCUCCCAGGUGCUGUUGCCUGUACUCUUUGUAAUUGCUGCCAUGGGCCUGGGCUCCAUCAAGAGCGAUCUUCAGCACUUUCCUAAGAUUGUGCUCUCUCCUGCACUGUACCACAUUGAUGAUCAGUAUACCUUCUUCAGCAAUCAGAAUCCCGCCGCCAGUGGUCUUAUAGAUUCCAUGAUGUCCUAUCCAGGCGUUGACCACGUCUGCGUCAGAGACCCCACAGAUUCGGUUUGCAAAGAGAGACCUACUGUAGGAAGUGAGACAUGGAUCUCCAGAGGCAACAGCUCUGCAACAUUUACCACCUGCAAGUGUAGCAACCAAGUGCAGUCAUGUCCUGCAUUAGUUUACGACCCACCUCACAAAAGAAAUCCAUCAUCCCAGAUUGUCUACAACCUGACAGGCAUCAACACAGAGGACUACCUGCUGGUCACUGCCAAUGACUUCAUCAGAAACAGAUAUGGAGGCUGGGACUUUGGAAAGUCUCUUCCCAUUGAUCUUAAGAUGGACAUGUUAGAUGUGCCAGAGAACAGAACCCUUAGUAAGGUUUGGUAUAAUCCAGAAGGUCACCACACCAUGCCUGCCUACCUCAACAGCCUUAACAACUUUAUCCUGAGAUCCAGCUUGCCACCAGAGAAACGACAAAAAUAUACCAUCUCCAUAUCCAGCCACCCUUACCCUGGCCAAGUGCAAGACGAGGAUGUCAUGGUGGGUGGUUUGGUCAGCAUCCUGGUUGCGCUCUGUGUCCUCACUGGAUACUCUAUCAUGACUGCCAGCUUUGUCAUCUAUGAGGUUCACGAACAUCACACAGGCUCCAAGAGACUCCAGCAGAUCUCUGGCAUCAGCGAACCUUUCUACUGGAUCAUCAACUUCUUCUAUGAUAUGACUCUUUACAUGAUUCCCGUGGUCCUCUCGGUGGCGAUGAUAGCAGCGUUCCAGCUCCCAGCGUUCACAGAAAGGCAGAACCUCGGCGCGGUCACACUUCUGCUGGUGCUAUUUGGCUUCUCCACCUUCCCUUGGAUGUACCUUCUGUCUGCGGUAUUUAAGGAUACAGAGAUGGCCUUCAUCGGUUAUGUUUGCAUCAAUCUCUUCAUCAGUGUCAACACCAUCAUCUCCACUUCCAUUCUCUACUUCCUGGGUCAGCUCAACCAGAAUGACCAGAGCAUCCAGGAUGUGUACCGUACCAUGAGCAACAUAUUCCUAGUUUUCCCUCAGUUCAGCUUUGGCAAUGGUUUGAUGGAAUUGGCACGGGUUGACAUGCAGGUGCAGAUCUUGAGCGCUUUUGGAGUGGACGCCUACAAGAACCCCUUCAACUUGGACGUUCUGGGCUGGAUGUUCAUCUCCAUGUUCCUGCAGGGUGUCAUCUGCUUCACGCUUCGCCUGCUACUUAACAAGACGCUCCUGCGCAAAGUCAGAUGCUGGAAGAAGAACGUUUUUCAGAGCUAUAGCCCCAAUGAGGAUGAAGAUGUGCUGGCUGAACGUUUGCGUGUGGACCGGGGGGAUGCUAGUGCCGAUAUUCUGCAGGUCAAUCGUCUGACUAAGGUGUACCAAAGCCUGAACAAGAGGGUACAGGCGGUGAAGAGUCUGUCUGUGGGCAUCCCAGCUGGCGAGUGCUUUGGAUUGCUGGGAGUCAAUGGUGCAGGAAAGACGACUACCUUCAAGAUGCUGACAGGAGACGUUAGCCCCACCGAUGGAUCAGCCAAGAUCCGUGACAUUGACGGGAGAAUGGUUGACAUCAUAGACUGCAGGAGAGAGGGCAUAAACAUUGGUUACUGCCCUCAGGUGGAUGCACUGGAUGACCUCCUGACUGGAGAAGAGCAUCUCUAUUUUUACGCCCGCAUCAGGGGCAUCUCCAAGAGGGAGAUUGACCGGGUUGUGAACUAUCUGUUGAAAAAGUUGGAGCUGGAUUACCACAGACACAACACAAGUGAGAGCUACAGUUGUGGAACACGCCGGAAGCUGUCGACAGCCUUGGCCCUGAUCGGAAACCCUCAGAUCCUUCUCCUGGAUGAACCCAGCUCUGGAAUGGACCCACGUUCCAAACGUCAUCUUUGGAAGAUCAUCUCUGAGCAAGUGAUGGGCAAAUGUGCUGUGGUCCUGACAUCACACAGCAUGGAGGAGUGUGAAGCCCUUUGCACCCGUCUGGCUAUAAUGGUAAAAGGACAGUUCAGAUGUCUCGGCUCCCUACAGCACAUCAAGAACAGGUUUGGGAAAGGAUUCACAGUUAAGAUGUACUUAGCUGGAGCCUCCUGUGAUGUAGAUAUGAUCAGUAACUUCAUGCAGCAGAAUUUCCCCAGCACGUUCCUGAAGGAUCAUCACUCAAAUAUGGUGGAGUACCAUGUACCUGUCGCUCCCGGUGGUGUGGCUUCAAUCUUUGGUCUGUUAGAGUCCAAUAAAGCUGUACUGCAAAUCAAACACUUCUCAGUCAGCCAGACUACUCUGGAUGAGGUUUUCAUUAACUUUGCCAUGGCGAAGACGGACACAGACGAACAGGAAGCCACUGAAGGAACGGACAUUGACAGUUUAGACUCGUACAAUGCUUUGGACCGAUGAAAUAUUUGCACAUUAUACCAUUCAAUGAACCUCAGAAAAUAUAUAUUAAUUUAAUAUGUAAGAAAUCUUUCAUAGGCUAUAUCAUAUUUUAGUGUUGUGAUUUUUAUGAAAGUCAAAAAGUAUCUAUUUUGCCUUGAAUAAUGAAGUGGCCAAAUACAUUAUGGAUAAUCAUUGAGGAUUUAUAUGAAUAUUAUGAGUUAUAGGCUGAUAUGCUGAAAGUCUGCAUUAGUUUACAUAGUAUGAUGCAAUUCAUUAGUCUUUAAUUUGUGAAGUACACUGCUGCUUUCAAAGAAAAUGAAAUCAUUUAUUUACUAAAUUGUUUGAAAUUUUAUUAGCUCUACCAGAUAUAUAUAUAUAUCAUGUAUCAAAAGAUAAAUAAUUCACAUAAACAACCAACAAUGUGUUACUCAACGGAGAAUUAAAUAUGCAUGCAGAGUGAAGAGUCCAUCCUCUUAAAUUGCUGGCUGCAUCGAUGCAGCUCCUUUCUUGGGUUGAUAUAAAUCACAAAGACCUUUUUGGCUUCAAGGUAUAACUGAUUCCUCAAUGUCUGCACAUCUUCAAUCUCAUUAAUAUUUUCUCUGAAGGCACAUCUCUUGUGCAAGAAUGUACUAAAUAUUUCAUUGCCUUUUCCUCUGUCUGCUUCAAGGCACGGUUCCUCUUUUAAAAAUGUACCAAGCUUAUUUUUACAUUAAAGCUAUUUUUCACAUGCA